AUGGCCUUAGCGAAGUACAGGUCAAGGUCGUCGUUACGUCAGCGUCACGUGAGCACCAGCAUCACGACGCUGCUGAUGAUGUCCACGUCCGUGUCUGACGUCAUUAACGGCAUUGUGGUCAUGCCCCUGGUUGUCUACGAGAUCACGACUUGGGGGGUGUGGAAUCUGGGUCAAGGACUGUGUAAUGUCAAGCUUCUGGUGAGCAACAUAGUGUAUGCUGUGUCGGCGUAUCACGUGUGUUGUCUGGCUGUGGACCGCUACCUGGCAGUGUGUUGGCCGCUCUUACACAGAAGACUGACCUCUAGGACUGCCGCGUACAUGAUCCUAGCCUCAUGGUUUGUCCCCAUCGCCUAUAAUCUAACCUGCGAAUACGCCGGCCUAAACCACCAAGGUGUUGAGUACCUUACCCAGUGUGUUGAAAUGCUACACAUGUGCUACCCCGUCUACAACACAUAUACAAUGUUGACGACAUGUAUUGUUUCAUUCACUGUUCCGUUUAUCAUUGCCUACGUUCUAUACGGCUGCAUCACCGUUCAAGUAUGGAAAUUCAACAAACGGAAAAUUCAAAAACAAGAAAAGCAAAAUUCUAAAAUUGAAGCCUUUGGAAAUGCGAUUUCUACAAUUUCCGCACCGGAAUCAAACAUCUUAGAUACAACGACGGAAGAAUCAAACCUUACAUUAACCAAAUACAACAUUGUCGUUUCGAAAAUCAAAAGUCCCCAGAAUAUUACCACCAAUAGAGAUUCAUCAAGGAACUUUAAGGCCGUCUUCACCAUCGGGAGUAUUGUGAUCGUGUACACUAUAUGCUGGCUGCCGGCAUGGGUCUUCAGUAUUUUCUUUGCCAACAGUACUACGGUCUUUCCUUACUGGGUCGUUGUUGGCAUCACAUUGUUUGGUUACGGGAGUCUGUCCUUAAAUCCCAUGCUCUACUGUUUUAACGGUUCUGUUAGGAGGGCUGUCAGGUCCUUGUUAUGUCACUCGUGA